AUGGCUCAGAAAAAUUUGGGCGCAGCUGUGCUACAGAUCGUCUGGUUUCUGGCACCGGCCGCUCGUUUUGUGCCCUUGGCCCUCCUAGCCCUUGCCGUUUUCAAGUGCACACGCUCCGGUAACAUCCUCCCUGGAGUGCCCAAACUCGCAGGACUUCCAUUCAUAGGGGUACUCCUACUGUCGAUGAGACGUGGAGUGUCUGAGAUACUUGUUCAACUACAAAACAUUGCUACUGAUGGCAUCUCAUACGCGAGCAUGGCUGGUAGUGCUCUGGUGUUUGUCCACGAUCCAGCAUUGAUAAGGCAGCUGUUGAUGAUGCCCGAAGAGAGUUUGUCGAGAGAAAGCAAUGAGGAUCAAAUUGGAUUUUCCCCAUUUUGGGUCCUGCGCAGGAUUGUCGGUCCUUCGCUGAUUGACUAUAGAGGUCCACAUCUAGGUACCUACCGCGGCGGAUUCAUCCGCGAGUUCAACAGCACCGAAGCACUGGCUAAGAAUUUCGACACCAUUAAAAGGCAUGCCCAAGCACAUGUCAAUUGUUUGGUUGGCCAGCAAGCCGAUAAUGGCAUCGUAGAUAUCGUUUCUCGGAUAGAUAUUUUCGCCAUCACCCUUUGGCGAGCUCUUUUGUACGGAAGCUCUGAUAGCGAGAUCAAUGACCGCGUAUUGGACUUAUCGAAAGCGAUAGGUGCCCGAGUGACAGAUCCUUGGCCCUCACUUUGGUACUCGAUCAUCGUCUUCCUAGGCUUGGUUGAUCCGGGUCAUGCAUUCGGCCCCGACAAGGUGCUCCGUACCCAGCUCGACGAACUAAUCGAAGAAAGUAUUGAACAAUUGAAGAAUCAUGAGCGCUUGAACCCGGAGGCUCCACAGACAAGCCUUCGAGGCUUAUCAACGUUGACUUAUGGUGGCAUAUCUGGGCCUCUUUCUCAGACCGCCAUUGGUUUUGCACAUCUCAAUGCUUUCGCUGGAAGUGAAACCUUCGGCUACAACUUGGCUUGGAUGCUUAUUGAGUUGGAAAAGCGGCCUGAUUGUCUAGAGAGGCUAUUAGCUGAAAUUGAAUCUUCCAACACCGAAGACUUCAGGAUAGUAAACUCGAAGAUGCCGUAUCUGGACGCUGUCGUAAAAGAGGUGAACCGGCUUCAUUCACCUGUGGCUAGUACUUUUCGAACGGUCAACCGCGAGAUAAGCAUUACAACUUGCAAGUCGUAUUACACGCUACAGCCGGGAAUGCUGGUAUAUCUAGCGCUAGGGUGCGCGAACAGAUCUACAACAGAUUGGGGGUCAGACGCCGACAAAUUCAUGCCUGAGCGAUGGUUGAAAAGCAAAGAAGACAAUACCUCGCAACUCACCUUUGGUUAUGGAUCACGCAGUUGUGUCGGAUUCAAGACAGCACUAUUCGGGACCAAGAUGUACUUGCUUUCACUUCUUCAGAUGUACCAGAUUGCGCUGAGGGACCAUGACUACAAGGAAUCCCCCGGGGAUAUCUUAGGUGCUGAAAAGCCACUUGUCGUAGAGUUGCAUCGAAGGCGGCUAAGAUAG